AUGGGCGCCCAGGUGCGCUGCCACACGCUGCUGUGGCACCAGCAAGUCCCCAGUUGGGUCCAGAGUCUCAGCAAGACUGAGAUGCUCAGCGCGCUGGAGAACCACAUCACGGAGGUCAUGACGCACUUCGGAGACUCGUGCUACGCCUGGGACGUGGCCAACGAAGUCAUGGGCGACGACGCCACGUACCGCAAGUCCUUCUGGUACACGACGACGGGCACGGACUACAUCGUGGACCGCGUCAAGAAGUCGCUCGGUCUCAAGACGAAGCUGUACUACAACGACUACAACACCAACACGGUGAACGCCAAGUCCACCGCCGUGCUGAAGAUGAUCCAGACGCUGCUGCUCGACGCGGACAUCGGCAUUGACGGCGUGGGCUUCCAGUCGCACUCGAGCUACUCGGACACGGCGACGACCGAGGAUAAGGUGACCAACUUGGAGCGUUUCACUGCUCUGGGGCUGGACGUCGCCUACACGGAGCUGGACGUCAAGACGAGCUCGACCACGCCGUCCGAGGACGAGCAGAAGCAGGUCACGGUCUACACCAACACUGUCGCCUCCUGCCAGCAGGUGGAGGACUGCGUCGGCGUGACGAUCUGGGACGUCGAUGACACGUACACGUGGCUGGAGAACGCGGCCCCGCUGCCGUGGUACCAGCCAGGAGGCAAGGGCACGGAGCUUGUGCGCAAGCGCGCCUACGACGGUAUCGCGGCUGGAUGGGGAACGUCGACUGCUUCGACUACUAGCACUGCCAGCAGCGCGGCUCAGACCACCAGCACCAGCGCCAGUGUGGGAGGUGAAGCUGAGACUGAGAUUCGAGCGGCGAGUACUGAGAACAGCGCGGAGACUGAGACUUCGACGGCUGCUAGCGGCUCCACGGAGACGUCGACUACUAGCAGCGCCGCUGGAGCCAGCAGCACUCAGAGCAGUAACACGGACACGACGGCAUCGACGGCGGCUAGUGGAACGGAGAGCUCUACGAGUAGCUCGACUGGCGCUGAGACUACGAGCACGGAGAGCAGUGGCUACACUUCGGCCACAAGCAGUGGCUAUACCUCGACCUCGAGCAGUGGCGACGCUGAGACGACCAGCAGCAGUAACACGGAGACGCCUACUCAGAGCAGCAGCACCGGCAACACGGAGACCACGAGUACCGCUGGCAGCAGUGCGCAGAUCCCGGCCACUAAAAAGUCUAGCUGUGCUAGUCGACUGCGCAAGUAG